UCCAGACUCCGUGAAUUCAUAUGAAACUUUAAAUUCGAAAAUUCAUCUUGAAGAACAUGAUAGUACAUACGGCAAUUUAAAUGAAUAUAAUUAUGAAAAUAACGAUAAAAUUCUCAUCCAAUUGCCAUCACAAAAUCACAUUGUUGACAGCAAUUCUGUUUCGAUUCCUAUCGAACCUGAAGAAAUUUCAGAACAGCAAUCUUAUCCACAAAAAAUUCUAAAACGGUUUGAAUUACUAAAUGGAAAUUUAGUAUUAGAUUUUCCAGUGCCUACAAAACUUUUAAAUAAUAUUCCCAAUAAUAACUCAAAAGAAUUCACACAUAUGAGAUACACUGCCUGCACAAGCACACCAGAAACAUUUAAAGAAAAUUUUACACUUCGUCAAAUAGAAUAUAAACCUUCAAGACAAACCGAAUUAUUUAUUGUAAUAACUGUGCAUUUUGAUGAGACUGAAAUUCAAUUAUCCCGUACUCUUCAUGGAAUCAUGGAAAAUAUUGCUUACCUUUGCUCUCUCAGAGAUUCUCCGACGUGGGGUAAAGAUGGAUGGAAAAAAGUCGUAGUAUGCAUAAUUUCCGAUGGUCGUAAUAAUACAAAUGAACAAGUUUUGGCAUAUUUGACUGCUCUUGGUGUCUAUCAAAAUGAUAUUGCAAAGGCCAAAGUGGAUAAUAAAGUUGUCGAAGCACAUAUAUAUGAGCACACAAGUUCUAUUUCAAUUGAAUAUUUUACUGAUUCUGUUCAAAUGAAGGCGGAUGAUGAAAUUGUUCCAACCCAACUACUUUUCUGUCUUACUGAAAAGAGCAAAAAAGGAGUCUAUCCUUAUCAAUGGUUUUUUGAUGCCUUUUGUCCAAUACUUGUCCCUAAAAUAUGUGUUCUUAUUGACGCUGGUAUUAAACCAGGUUAUGGAUCUCUCUAUAACUUGUGGAAUACACUAUUUGUAAAUCCUCAGGUCGCAGGUGUUUGUGGUUAUAUAGAUUUCAUAAAAGGUGGAAGCAAAAUCAAAACAUUAAACCCAAUUGCGAGUGCUCAAAAUUUCAAUUAUAAAAUGUCAUAUAUUCUGGAUAAACCAUUUGAAUCAGCCUUUGGCCAUAUUACUUCUUUAUCUGAAGGCUUCUCUGCCUAUCGAUAUCUUGCCCUUCAAAACUGCACUGAAGAAAUAUCUACUAAUAAUAUUAUUACUCAUAUUCUUAACUUUGAUUUGGUUACAAGACAUAAUGAUUCUUGGACAUUGUAUUAUCAAAAGUCAGCUCAAGCUGAAAUGGAUAUGCCUGAAACUUUACCUGAAUUAGUUCACCAACAAAAUUAUUUUUUUGCAAAUCAAAGUUAUAUACCAAGCCUAUGA